AUGUUGAAAGCACAGUGUUUGCUGGCGUACAUAACGCUCUCCAUCGGCUACUGUUAUUCCUGGGACCUUGCCAUCACAACGGGUGACCAGAUCGAACUGUACAGUAACCAGACAAAGACCAGCAAUGAGGGCGUCAGGUUUCGGGAUCUCACGGCAUUGGCGUACGACGCCGUUCACGACAUGCUGCUCUUCGUAGACAGGCAGAACGACAACGCUUCCAUAUUCAGCUACCAUUUGGCAACGAAGAAGUACCAGCCGUUGGUCAGGCGGAGGUCUUACGAGAACAUCCAAGGGCUGGCCUUCGACCCGGUCACGAGCAAGCUCUUCUGGACUGACACGAACGAGAAGAGUAUAUUUUGGAUCUCACUUAAACCCGGCUCUAAGAAUGACAUUUACGGUAACCUGUUAAUCAAAAUGGACGACGAGGUACCCCGAGCGAUAGCUGUCGACAGCUGUAGAGGGUACAUCUACUGGACGAACACAAAUAUAACAAAGCCUACAAUAGAGAGGGCACGCUUAGAUGGUUCAGACAGAACGGUCAUCGUCAGCACAGACAUUUACAUGUUGGUGAGCCUAACAAUUGAUCAGAACACGAAGAGGCUGUACUGGGCGGACGACAAAGAGGGCAUCCACUACUCCAUAGAGAGCUCCGACCUAGAUGGGGGGAACAGGAGGAAGCUGCUCGCCGGGACGAACCACAUGCCCAAUGCGAUAACCGUCUCUAGCGACUCUGUCUACUGGGUCGACCUGGGCUACCGUUCCGUGUGGCGGCUGCCCAAGGACCCGCCCGCCGGCGCGGAGCCCGUGGACAUCAUCAACUUCUCCAAAGAGCUGUUCGGCAUCGUGGCCAACUACAAAAUCGACGAGCAGACCGCCGGCGUGCCGGAGUGCGCGCAGCUGUCGAGUAUGGCGCAAAACAAAGGGGCCAUCAACGACUCGUUCAACAUCCCACGGGACCUAGGUCUGUUCUGCUUGCACGGCGUGAAGGUGGACGGGAAGCCGGGCUGCAACUGUUCCCCCGGAUACGUGGGCGAGCGCUGCGAAGUCUCCGUCUGCCACAACUUCUGCCUGAACGGCGACUGCACCUCGACAGACGGCCAACCGACUUGCAAAUGCAAAGCCGGCUUCUCCGGUGCGCGGUGCGAAAUUAGCGCCUGCGAGGGCCACUGUCUGAAUUACGGCGUUUGCUCAAUCGGUGCCGACAAGAGACCCACAUGCAAAUGUGCGGCCGAAUACGAAGGCGGCAGAUGCGAGGUCACCAAGGCUGUGGAGGUCACAACAACCACUUUAGCUCCCCAGCAAUGCAACUGCACCAAAGAGGAGAACAGGAGUGUACUAGAUGAUUCACAACGACCCGAAGCGGCUUCCAAUGACUUUAUGUCUGGCUGUGACGGAUGGGACCCAAUAAGGGACCCCAUUAUCAUGGCUCUGGGCAUCAUAGCCGGCCUCCUGGCAGUGGCCUGCGCGAUCCUAGUCACCAAGGUUCUACGUUUGAGGCGACGGCCCAGAAUGAGUCGCGUUUGGAACCGAAUAAAGAAACGCAUCAUCGUGAACAAGAACGUGACCCCUUUAACCGCGAGGCCCGACCAGUGCGAAAUCACCAUAGAGAACUGCUGUAACAUGAAUAUAUGCGAGACGCCUUGUUUCGAGCCGCGCAACAGCAUUAGACCAACGUUGCUCGAUUCCAAGCCCGGCAAAGAGGAGAAGAGGAACCUAAUAGCAAACAUGGAGAACCCGGACGACCCCUAC